CAACUUUGAUUGUCAGGAGAAACUCAAUCCUUAUCUUCAAUUCGCCUCUCAUUCGGUUGCGUUGAGCCUAUUUCCGCGGACAUUUGUGCCCGCAAGCAAUCAUAUUGACUGGGGACCCCUCUACCAUUUCGGUGAUUGUGGGGUAAAGGAAUAAAAAUCACUCAACUUCCGCUGAUUCUGCCCUCCCACAUCUUCACAAUCAUCUCGUUAGUAUAUUAAGAAAGGCCAUUCGGAACAGCGGGGUUCACCUGCGGUGGCAACUUGGCACAAUGAAAGACGCAUCGUGCGAUAACGGAUCUCCAGCACCGUUGCUGACGGCGGUCUAUGCUGAAUCUCAAGUCCAUUUGAUUGUCGGUGGAAAUCCUCUUGCUGCAGCCCGUUGUGCGAAAUCCAUAGAAGCCGGCGCAAAGCCGGUCAUCAUUGCGCCAGACACUGGAGACCUGCAUUUCAGCUUGUCCGAGCACAUUGAGAAUGGUUCCGUACAAUGGGUACGCAGAGAAUUCCAAGAUGAUGAUCUGAAGACUCUGGGCAGGGAAGAGGUCGACCAUGUCGUUGACACGGUUUUUAUCACCCUUGGUGGAAGUCACCCGUUGAGUACACAUAUCUCGAAGCUUUGUCGGCGGCUUAGAAUUCCUGUCAAUGUUUCUGAUGCCCCAGAGCUAUGUACUUUUAGUUUACUUUCUACGUACUCAGAUGGCCCUCUUCAUAUUGGGAUUACGACCUCAGGGCGUGGUUGCAAGCUUGCAUCUCGUUUAAGAAGAGAAAUAUCUUCUUCCCUCCCCUCCAAUCUUGGAGCUGCAAUAGACAGAUUGGGGGCCGUAAGAAGGCGCCUCUGGGCGGAGGACCAUGCAGCAGGUCUGUGCACUGCAUCCCUCGAAGGAGAUGAGGAUGAUUUCACCGGUCAAAGCCAUACGUUCAACAAGUUAGUGACAGAGGAUGACGUCUCUGCGGCAAAGACACGGCGGAUCCGCUGGCUCUCCCAGAUAUGCGAAUACUGGCCUCUUCAAAAGCUCGCUGCUAUCAGUGAUGCUGACAUCGAUGCCAUUCUUCAAGCAUACUCGUCUGGUAAAAAUAACCUGGAUAGCACCAAUGGGGUGGGCCACCUACAAAAGAAAGGGAAAAUUGUUUUGGCGGGUUCGGGCCCUGGACACCCAGACAUGCUCACGCGAGCAACCUACAAUGCGAUUCAGAAUGCAGACAUUAUCCUCGCAGAUAAACUGGUUCCAGAACCUGUCCUGAAAUUAAUUCCGCGGAGAACAGAAGUUCAUAUUGCGCGGAAGUUCCCUGGGAACGCGGAUCAGGCACAAGAGGAAUUCUUGCAAAUGGGGCUGGAUUCACUGCGUCGGGGACGGUAUGUCCUUCGGCUAAAGCAGGGAGACCCUUAUUUGUACGGAAGAGGAGGCGAGGAGUUUGAAUUCUUCCGAGGUGAAGGGUAUACUCCAAUUGUCUUGCCCGGAAUUACUAGCGCUCUGAGCGCUUCUUUGUUCGCAGAGAUACCUGCAACUCAUCGGGGCGUGUCCGACCAGGUCCUGAUUUGCACUGGUACGGGAAGAAAGGGUGCAGCUCCCGAGCCUCCUACCUACGUUCCCACUCAAACAGUCGUCUUUUUGAUGGCAUUACACCGACUAUCGGCGCUAGUGGAGUCGUUGACUACGCUACCCCAGGAAGGUUCGCGCCCACGAACCCCUUGGCCAAAGGAUACUCCGUGUGCGAUUAUUGAGCGGGCUUCCUGCGCUGAUCAGCGAGUGAUCCGUUCUACUCUCGAAAAUGUGUGCCUCGCAUUUGAAGCCGAGGGAUCACGGCCACCUGGAUUAUUAGUUGUUGGGGCCAGCUGCCACAUUUUACAUCCUCACAAGGACGAGAAGUGGACUGUUGAAGAAGGGUUCCGUGGUUUGGACGACCUACGGAAUGAAAUAGUCCCGGAGAACGACCAGAAACAUGAUUAAAAAAGGCUACGUUUCUAAUGACGUUUUAUGGCUGAUGAUGUUGCGGAGGCACUGGAGCUCUGGAGUUGUAUAUAGAGAUACCCAUAUGUACUAGAUUUCACGAGGAACGUUGCUGGUUAUUAUCGAUAA